AUGGGCGGCCGCGCCACCUGCAGCCCCAACAGCUGGUCUCUGCCGACCAUCGAUGCGGCGGGCGACGUGUACGUUGGCAGCCAGGUCGGCGUGCUCCAGCGGUGGGGCAACCCGACCGGAGUGCCGGGAGCCAGGAAUGUCCAGCUGCUGGCGACAAUGACGACCGGCGUGGCCUUCCAGGACGCCUCCAUCGCGAUCUCCCAGGACGUCAUGGCCGUGUCCACGUGCACGUCUCUGAUAGUUUUCCAGACCUACGCCGAUAAGUUCUCAAAUCCUUCAUGGUCGGUCUCGCAUGAUGAAUACUCGCCGAGUCAUGGGAUGGUCCACGGCGACGAGGUGAGUCACGACAUCAGUGAGACCCCGCACACAUCAGUCACGGGGGCUCCUGGGUCUGGGUCUAGCCCCUGGGAUGUCCGCUAG